AUGCUUGUAGGGUUUCAUGUAAAUCCUUCUCCAACGGAUAAGCUUGGCCGAACACCAUUGUUUUUUGCCUCCACAGAAGGCCAUACCACUGUGGUCAAUAUUCUGAUAAAUCGGGAUCCCUCGGCCUCAGAUUGGACGGAUCACUACGGCUCAACCCCUCUGUCUCUGGCAGCUAGAAGAGGUCAUACUGAGGUUGUGCGAUUGCUCUUGGCCACAAAAAGCGUCAACAUUGAGUCUCGGGAUUUCUUUGGCCGUACACCUUUGUUUUGGGCUAAAAUAUGCGGACACACUGAGACCUUGCAGCUUCUGAUUGAAAGCGGAAAGCAAAGAGACAUAUUACUUUUGGGUGAUCAGAUGGAUCUGGACGUCAGCACAACACGUCAUGUUCCUUCGGAACGAUGCUGUGACAUUUGCACAUUUAGCGUAUCGGAGGACUCUUAUUAUUACAACUGUUCAGUUUGUAUCGGCGGUGACUUUGACAUAUGUUUUGACUGCUUCAAACAUGGCGGCUGUUGCCUUAACGAAUCGCAUACACUAGUUCAAAAGGGAGAGAAAAGACACAACUAG